AUGAGUUUUUUGGCAAAAGUAUCUCCGAUACAUUUGUUACGCCGUGCAUUUACUCGUGUGAUCAAUAUCGAGAGCAUUCCCGCUUUUGAUAAAUAUGACCACUUGAGUAACAUGGAAUCCAAAGAUCUCUUUCAGUUCGAGCCCUUCAGUGACGAGGACCACAUUGCCUUUCCACGCGAGCAGCCUGGAAAGGAUUAUGACCUGAACUGGUCUCUAGCGAAUGAGUGGUUUACAGUCUGGGGAAACGCGUAUCGCAACCCGGACCGCUCGUUGCUUAUGAGUCAUUUAAAGUGCGUCCGCGACAAGUGCGGGAAUGCAUUUUGUAAGCGGACGUACGUCUCGGACUGCGAUGUUCCCUCCCUGACCAGUGAUUUCGAGGAACUCUCUGACGAAGUCAAGGAGUUCCUCUCCAAGGUCCCUAACCUCUACGUGGAAGACGCCGCUGUCUGUUCCGGCCGCCUCCUCGAGACCCGCAUUCGCAGCGUCACGAACGACCCUGCGACAGCCCUUCUUCUCAAGAACAUGCUCCACCGCAUGCCUCUGCGCCACCCGCAGACCCCGCAUCCGCUGAGCCUCAUCGUGGCGCGCGGACUCUCUCGGCCCUUCACCGCCAUCGGCGAAGACCUCCACUCCCGCUCUCUCACCGUCCUCGUGGGCGGCGAGGUCUCGCCUCGCCUCAUCCUCCGCUCCCUCGCCACCGCCACCGCGCAAGUCUUCGACGCCGAGCGCGGCCGCGUGGAGAUGGCUGCGGGCGAGAGCAACACGCCGCCCAUCAAGGGACCCAUCAGCAAGUGCAUCCUGCCCUGCUGCACGUGCAUCGCCGCCUCGGGGGACGUCAAGCUGGCGUUUGGCGCGGCGGCGAAGACGGCGAUCACCGCGCUGGCCGCGGAGAACCGGCUUUUCUGCGAUGGGGACACCGUGCUGUCGCGGGACGGAGUGUCUCGCGUGUUCGCGGGGGUGUGCUGUGAUGGAGAGAAACUGGAGAAACUGGGGAAACUGGGGAAACUGGGGAAACCCGGAGAAGGAGAGAUGGUGUUGAACCAGAAGGUGUACCGAGCCGUGGAGGGUGAUAAUUUGCUGGUGAUGCCGAACGAAGUGUUUUUUGUGGAGAAUGAGGGAGAGGAGGGCAUGCUGUCCGAUGGAAAGGAAGUUUUGGAUAAACUGGGGAAAUAUAUUGGGAAUGAUGAGUACGCUGCGUUUGCAAUGGAACGGUUGCAGAACGCGGUAUUCCGUACGAUUCACGGUGAUUCGUUAGAGAAACUUCUAAAAUAGUUUCGUUUCUUUUAAUUUACGGUGCUCCUAGU